CAUCAGGGAUAUACUUCCUCGUGUUCAUGGGCGCGGCCACGGCGUGGGCGGUGGGCAGGCCCCUGGAGCGCGGCUUCGCUGUCGUGGUCCGCUGCGUUAUGGCUAUCAUGGGCAUCCAUAUAGCCGUCCUCUUGGUUUACCAGUGCACUUGGCUUAUAGACAUCUAUCCGCCGGAUAAUGAUUUUGCUAGAUACUUUGGCCUCACAAAAUUGGUAUUACUCAAUGAGACGGAUCCGUACAAUUUCGCUUACGUAGUGACGGACGAUCACAUGUGGGCUACACUGGCUAGUCCCCUAGUCAUUCUCUUCUCAUACUUUUUCCUCGCCAUAGAAACACGGGAACUAUUCAAAUCCAAGGCAAAGAAAAAAGGUGUAUUGACUGGUAUCGAAGCUGGGAAGUUGAACGGUUCGCUGGUACGAGGAGUAUCGUUCCGACGGCAGGCUCCGCGGGAAAAUUGGAAAACCGCCACCAAGAAAGUUCGCUUACUUCGCAAUAUGAGUCCGAACAAGCGCUGGUCGAGUCGCGGCGGAUCGGUCUCGCGCGCGCUUCACCAGGACUCUACUGGCUCCGUCGUCGUUCCCGACGAAGAAUCAAUAGUUGAAAAUAUAGAGGAACCAUCGUUAAUGGAUGACAUUGUUGCAAGUAUUGUGGACUUUUUCCAAGUUUUAAUCAGAUCAUCCUAUAUAGCAACAACUAUAACAAUGAUGGCUUGGAGUAUAAUGUUCCACUCUUGGUUGACCUUCGUGUUCCUUAUGUGGGCGAACAUCGUGUGGCUCUGCCAAGACCAGCGCUCCUUCAUGCUCAAGACCAGUCCGGUGCUCGUGUGCUACGCCAUGCUACUGUUGAUAGCUCAGUACAUUUACGGCAUGAACCUCACUGAAGCUGAAUUGCCGUCUAAUAUAACUGCGGUAAACCUGCGGCAGAUAGGACUGAGUAGACCGGACGGCGAGCCCUGCGUGCCGCUUCUCAUCAAGUCGCUGUUCACGUUCAUGUUCUGGGUGACGCUGCGCCAGCGCGUGCAGGAGAUGACUCAGCGCCGCCAGUCCGCCGCCAUCACCGACAUAGCCGCGCCCGCACAUCUCACUAUGUCUACGGCUGCCAGUGCUGUGGAGGCUACCCGUGAAGAAGAGCGUCGCUCCCGAUUGCUGACUGCGCUAGGGGCGUGGCUACGAGCUGCGUGCGCACGCUACUGGAUCUACGUGGUCGUGAUCAUGCUGUUCGUGAUCGGCAUCACGGGCGAUCGCAUGACCAUCUUCCGCAUCAUCUAUAUGUUCCUAUUCCUAGUCUUCAUACUUAUGUUCCAGAUAAGUUGGUACUGGUGGAGACGCCUCAUGUACAUUUUCUGGAUAACAGUUAUCAUAUACUCUAUGAUAAAUCUUAUACUCAUAUACAUCUAUCAGUUUGAUAAUUUCUCCAAAACUAUUGAAACUUACCUCCUAAUCAACGAGAAAUUGCAGCACGAUUUGGGUUUGGAACCAUAUCACCCGGCGGAUUUGUUUGUAAAGUUAUUAACGCCUACAUCGUUUCUGAUAAUUACGAUAAUGCAGGUGCAUUACUUCCACAAAGAUUUCAUGGCGUUGUCUGAUCCGAAAACGAGAACGAACAGUGUCGUUAGAGAAGGUGAGUCGAGCAGGCCGAGCGGCGGUGCUUCUACUAUGCAAGGCGAUUUGCCACCCCUACCCCUGGAGGGGCGGGCCGCGUCCGAGCCUCGCACAGAUAGCGACACCGAGGCGGAGCAGUCCAUGGGCACGUCCACUGUCAACACGGCCGCUAGGCGCUCUCUGUACAGGAAGUCGUCUCGAAGCCGGUCGUACGCGGCCACGGUGACGGAGCGCGCGUCGUUCCUCUCCGCGCUGCGCAAGCUCGUGGCGAGCAAGUGCGGCGCGCUGCGGCGCGGCCUGGGCGACUGGAUAGACAAGACCUUCAUCUUCCUCGACAUACACCUCGUCAAGAUCAUCUUCUUGUCUGUGUUGCUGCUCUGCGUGUUUGAUGUGGCCGCCAUGCAUGUGCCCAUAAUGAUAAUAAUUUCACCGGCACUUUUAAUCAGUGCUAGAAGACAACGAAUUUGUAUACUUUUCAUAUCUACCCUCAUCAGUGUUUAUUUUAUGGCGAAGAUGAUUUACCAGAUAGAAUACAUAACGCACAACUAUUUUGAUGUCAAUUGUACAAGAAUAAACGACAAUGAUACAGAAAACGUCACGACCUAUAACGACGCGGAAUGGAUCGGCUUCCGCAAAGCGACUUCUUCAAAGCCGCUGGUCGUUCUGUUGAAGGGCUACAUCGGCCUCAUCGCUGUAUUCACCUUCUACUCGUUGGUUACUUAUAGACAAAGAAAUAUCAGGGCACAGGGCUUAUUACCAAACGACCAAGAGAAAUUAAUGUUCCCGAAUAUUACUCGCAAGGAAGCGGACAAAGAUCUUAUACACUGUAUCAAGUAUCUGAUGAACUACGGCUUUUACAAGUUUGGCGUCGAGAUAUCACUGAUCUGUUUAAUGGGCGUCAUCGGUUCCCGGAUGGAUCUCUACGCGGUGAUAUACGCUGGUUGGCUCCUAGCAUUGGUGGCCGCUAGACGGGCGUGCGUCGGCCGCCUUUGGCCCGCCUUCACCGCCUGCGUCACCGUGCUGGUGCCGCUCCAGUAUAUGAUCGCAGUUGGCUUCAUGCCGUACCUGUGUAUUAACUUCCCUUGGAGUGGAGACUCACGGCAAAUGAAACACAUUCGUACCUGGUUGUUCCUACCGUAUAACGAAGAACCGCCGCACGCAGUCAAACUCAUUUUCGACUUUUUCUUACUAUUGUUUGCUUCACGGCAACUAAGAGUGUUCCGUAUAGAAAAAGCACACGGCGAACAGUAUCCUGGAGGAUCGAAUGUGGAAGAAAUCGGCAGAGACUGGGAAACCCCUAAUUUUGUAAACCCAGUGCCAGAUUUUCUUGGAUAUGUUGGGUCAUGGUUAGAUGUUAUAAAACGUAUGGUAUUUCUGGGCAUGUUGUGGGUGACCCUUGCAAUUAUGUUUAUGACGGGCACCAAUCGUGUCAACCUUUUCUCUAUGGGCUACCUUAUUGGUUCUUUCAUAUUCCUGUGGCAAGGAACCGAUUUUUAUUUGCGGCCAAAAGAAGCCAUAUUGCAAUGGUGGUCAUGGCUAGUUCGGUACAAUGUGGCGGUGGUGGUUAUAAAGGCUCUGCUACAGAUACCGGGUUGUAUAUUUAGCACAGCUAUGCAGGAGCACGCUUGUUGGCUCGUGCAGCUCCUCGGAAUUGGUUGCGUGGACAAGUUCGCGGGUGGUAAUAUUGCCAGGUUCCUCAAGAUGCGGGAUUAUGAUAAGGAAUCAGUUUGUUCGGUGCCUCAAGAGGACAUUGGACUAGCAUGGGAUGGAGUGUGUUUCGCGUUUCUGAUCUUGCAAAGACGAUUAUUCCACAGUUACUAUUUCUAUCGAGUUAUCGAUGAAAGCAAAGCGACUACUGUCCUCGCGUCCAGAGGAGCAGAUCUGAUAGAAGAAUUAAGACUGAAACAAAUGACUAUCCAAGAAGAUCAGGAGAGUAAGAUAUUAGAUAAAAUCAAGGUCAAAAUGGAGAGAAUCAAGGCCAACCAAAAGAAGAUACACGGUGUGAUGGCAAAGGAACCUGCUCAUCAUGAUGCAGGUGAACAAUACUUUAUCAAAUUUCUAAUAUUGUUAAAAUCUAUUACUAGUCAAUCUAGUACUACACGCGUGAGGCUGCAGUAUAGGCCGCCCUCCAGUCAUCAGAAGGCGGUGCGUUCCGGGGACUACUACAUGUUUGAUGAGUUCGAUGACACGGAUGUUCAUUUGAAAGAUGACGAAUCAAGUUCUGACGAAGAUGCACCUAAAUCAAUGGGCAUUGGGAAGCUGGUGUCGACCGCCAUCAAGACGGACUUGCGGCGCGCCGUGUCGCUGCGCCGCGCGUCCGCGCCGUCCGUGCGCGCCAGCGAUAGGACGCGCGCCUCCUCCGUUACAAACCUUUUCUCCUUUCCUCGUCAGGUCGCCACCACAUCUCCCAGGACGGAGAGCGUUCGUCCCACGGACGUAGAUGUGAGGAUAGAGGAGCCGGACCGAGGCAGACCGGCCUCGGAUAUUGACGAGUUUGCAUCACCUCCCGAGUCGGAGACGUUGAUAGACAAAAUGAAAAGUUUCCUGGACACUGCGGGCGCGUUCAUAGCGAGCAUCCUCGUGUCUUUGACGCGACAUCUCAUGAAGUACUCGCGGGACUACAGAUACGUGUCCCGCACGCUUUCUGUAGAGAAGAAGAGAUUGAAGGAAAAAGAAGGUUUCGGGAUCGGGUUGAGGGAAGGCUCGCAAAUGAUUUGGGAACCAUUGCCGGAGACCCUGUUGCAUCACCGUAAACUAAGUGAAUUAAGCGUCCCGGAGAUCCGUAUAUUGGCGGCGAGCAUGGAACGCGGACUGGACUCGCGCUCCGCUUCGCCCGCGCUAUCGGACGGCACCUCGGAACACGAGAGCGCCUUUAGUUUGCAAUCCACCGAAAGCAAAGACGUGUCGAUGCUGGAAGAUCAAGACGAUUCAAUGUUUAAACAGCAAAAGUCGCCUCUCGUACACCUCGCGUACGCCUUGUGGUUCACUGUGUUGGCUCACACAGAUAUUGUGUGCUACAUCAUGGUGUUCAUUAACCAGAUCCAAUCAGCUACUAUUCUGUCGAUACCCUUACCGCUUAUGGUAUUUCUAUGGGGAACAUUAACAAUACCACGGCCAACCAAAACGUUUUGGGUGACGCUCAUUGCGUACACUGAGGUGAUUGUACUUAUAAAAAGUAUGUUCCAAUUUGAAAUUCUACCGUGGAACCAGAAGGCUAUACCCGCCAACAUGCCAUUCACGGCGCCGAGGAUAAUUGGCAUAGAAAGGAAGUACAACUACGCACUGUACGACUUGCUUCUUCUACUUAUUAUCUUUUUGCACAGGUUCAUGUUAAAGUCUCUAGGUUUAUGGAAAGAGUCGACACCUGAAGUGGAACUGCGAGAGGAUAUGGAGUACCCUAUAACCUCUGAAGACACCCAACUAUUAGUAGCAGGCCGAGGGACUGAAGUUGGCGUCAAGUACCUCGAGUUACACGAACGUUCUGGCCCACAACAAGAAUCUGAUCAAGACACAGAAUCGAAUGCUCCACGAUUACUGGGCAAUGAAGAGGAAGUGACGAGAGAAGAUCACAUUGAAAGAGAAGAGCAAGCUGGACCCUCGCAUGCUACCGAUGAUGAUCAUUACAAAGUUAACGACGACCAAGAGCCAAUUAUUGCGGUGCAAACUGAGGUGGAGGAUAAGUACGCUCACUACCCGCAAGUGAUGUUACUCUCGAUAAAACGAUAUCUGCGACCGACGAAGGAGUUUUUCGAGCGAAUGCUAGCGCCUGGCGCACGAGUCACUGCCGACAUCUAUGCGUACAUGUUCCUUUGUGACUUCCUUAACUUCCUUGUCGUCAUAUUUGGCUUCGCUGCAUUUGGGACGCAUCAAGGAGACGGCGGCGUUCAGGCGUACAUAGAAGAGAACAAAGUACCGAUCCCAUUUCUGGUAAUGCUGAUCCUUCAGUUCGUGCUGAUCGUGGUCGACCGCGCGCUGUAUUUGCGCAAGUUCAUGCUCGGCAAGAUCCUCUUCCAGUACAUGCUAAUCAUUGGUGUGCACAUUUGGAUGUUCUUCGUGCUGCCAUUCAUCACUGAAAGAACGUUUAAUACGUACCUGCCGCCGCCAAUGUGGUACAUGGUGAAGUGCAUCUACUUGCUGCUGUCAGCCUACCAGAUCCGCUGCGGAUAUCCUCGGCGCAUCAUCGGCAACUUCCUCUGCAAGUCCUAUCGCUUCCUCAAUAUGAUCUGCUUUAGAGGAUUCAUGGCAGUGCCGUUCUUGUUCGAGCUGCGGACAUUGAUGGAUUGGAUCUGGACGGACACGUCCAUGACACUCAUGGAUUGGCUUAAAAUGGAGGACAUUUUUGCCAGUAUCUUUUUACUUAAGUGCUCGCGCUACGUGGAGGACGAGUUCCCGCAGCCGCGCGGCACCAAGAAGUCGACUAUGUCCAAGUAUCUGUUGGGCGGCGGCGUUUUGGCUUUCGUCAUCGCUAUCAUUUGGUUCCCACUGGUGUUCUUUGCGUUCGGCAAUUCUGUGGGACAACCAAACCCACCAACGGACGUGACAGUAAAAAUCAGAAUCGGACCCUUCCUGCCUGUCUAUCAGAUGUCCGCGCAGUCGCAUAAUAUUGACGUUUACUCGGAGGCGGACUACACGCAGCUGAGCAACCAGUUCGUGCGCGACCGCACGGCGCAGACGUUCCUCUCCAACUACAUGUACAACGACGUGGCCGUCAUCACCUUCUACCCCAACUCCACCAUGAAGUGGGUCAUCUCUCCGCCGGAGCUGGCGAGACUCGAACAGGAGGCUAUGUCUAACGCGUCGCUAUCUGUGAAAUUCAAUUACGUGAUCACGCACCCCAGCAACAACGCGCAGAAUCCACCCACAAUAGACAGCAACCGCGAGGUGCUAUUGCCAGCGUUCAUAGGUGACAAACCCAACCCUGACAGACGCACGCUACUCGAGAUGUUGACCAACACUGCACCGCCGGACGCAUGGUUGAACGUGAAACUGCUGUUUCCAAAAUUCGUCAAAGUCUUCAACAAGGGUUCAACCAAGCCAGCGUAUCAGUUGAUGCCACCGAUAGGUGCUAACGAGCCCGACGACGCCCGCUACUAUCGAGACGUGCAAAUGCGCCUGGAACGUGACGGCGGCACCAUGUACUGGCGCGUGCGAGAAGCGUGCGUGACAAAAGAUCCUCUGGCCAGCAUUCCUUUGAACGACUGCAGCAUGCUGGUCAUGUACACGUUCAACGAUAAACUCUUCCCAGAGACGCUCAACUUCAUAUCGGGAGGCGGUAUAAUUGGUCUGUACACCACGUUCGUGUUCCUCGCGUCGCGUGUUCUGCGCGGCUUCUUCUCCGGCAUCUACACGAAGAUUAUGUUCGACGACCUGCCCAACGCAGACCGCGUGCUGCAGCUGUGCCUUGAUAUUUACUUGGUACGCGAAGCUUUGGAGAUGUCUCUGGAAGAAGAUUUGUUCGCGAAACUGGUGUUCCUGUACCGGUCGCCGGAGACUAUGAUCAAGUGGAGUCGGCCGAAGGAAGAGGACAACCAGGAGCAGAGGGCGCUGCCGGCGCCGCAGUGAACCGCACAGUAGUGUUACUUGGAGCUAAAGUGAUCAUAACGUAGUAACGUAACGCACCUUGGUAAUGUACCGUAACUUGGUAACGUAACGUAACGUAGUAACGUAAAGUAACUUGGUAACGUAACGCAACUUGGUAAUGUAACGUAACUUAAAGUAAAGUAACGUCAACUUCUGUUGCCACUGUUAUGAGACUCUAUUGCCUAUGCCAUUCCCAUUGAGACAGUGGCCUGUAAAAAUAUGCUGUCUACCUUCAAAUACAUUAUAGAAUGGAGAAAUAUUUCUUUUGAAUAUUUGUCUUUGUAUUGAUAAUAUUUUCGAAUUUCAUAUGCCUAGACUGCACCAAUAGUUGAGAAUGACAAUUCCCAACUGGUGUAUGUAUGUAUGUUUGUCCUCAUAUCUCAGACUAUUAUUAAUUUUUUUAGUUAAACUAUAGUCAAAUUCUACCUUUUUUUUGGAUGGACUGCAUUAAUAUAGUCCAACUUUUGAACAGUGUCAAUUUCAUCAAAAUCUGUUCAGUACUUUUCGAUAGCAUUAGGUGUGUUACAACUUACAGCCAGUUUCUUCAUGUAAAGCUAAAGGUGAAAAAUAGGUGUAUGCUGCGGGGCAACAUACACCUAUUUAGACAGUCGAUCCAUGAUAAUCCAUAAUGAAAGAGUAAUCUCCAUUCGUGCGUCGGAGCUGACACACACUUUUUUAAAUUUUUAUUUAUUUAUUUGAAUCAGAAAACAUUUACAUACCUAGGUAUUAUGGGUUAGCAAACACUUAAAUUACCAUACAAAAAAUUACGUGUACCGAAUAUUGCAAAAUUUAUUGAGCAGUUAGUGUUUGUGACCUGGUGAAAUGGUUAUCAAUUAUUGGAUAUUCCUAAAUAUAUACCAGUUUAAUAUCAAAAUAUCUUAAUGUUAACUUUAGUGUAAAAUUAUGUUGAGCAAAAAUAUAUUCUCGUUUUUACUUUACCUGAUUUAACAGAGUUGUAGUUGGAAUAAUGGAAAAAUACUGUCCAAUUUACAUGUAAUAUUUCAUUUGGUUUAAACUUAACAGUUUAGAAGAUGUUAUUAUAGUUACGUAAGUUGUACAGUAAACGAAUGAUACGUAACUUAAGAAUAACAGCGGCGCUUGAGAGAUUACAGUUAUAAUGCAAUGCAUGCAAAUAGUUUUUAUGUAUUUUAAAGUUUUACUAAAAUCGACGCGGCAGGUUAUAGGAGACUUACUUAAAAUACAAGAUCCCACCAAAAUUACUACGUUCAUUGAGUUUUUUUUGGGCAAAACCAUUUUUUUUUUUAUAAAUUUGUACACGGAGGAAUAUUUUUUAUUAAGAAUAUAUUUACGUUUACGAAUAUAGUCGGUGAAAUGAUCAUUCAGCGAGAUCUAAGACUCAUAUUAUCAAAUAGAUUAGACUUAUCUACCACAAACACAAGGCACUAAUUGUUUUUUUUUUCACAUAUAGGUAAUAUAACGUAGUGUUCUACUACUUGUACCUAGGCCUUUUUUGUCACCUAAAUAGUGGAUGCCCAAACAUUGUUUUGUAUUUUUUUUUUUACAUUUUAACAAAGUUUAUACUCCUAUUAUAAUUAUUAUAAGACUUCAGAUUGUUGGUACUUAAUAAAUGCUAGCGUGCUGUGUAGUGUUUACGCUCUCUAAAUUAUAAACAGUAGUUUAUUCGUACUUUUUCUAUUUGUUUAGUCUUCCUAGUAAUUUUAAGUUAUUUAUAUAUUUAAAUUAUUGAUAUAUAAUGUAUAUAAAGUGUAGAUGAAUUGUAUCACUUACAAUUACAUUACAUGUCUACACAAAUAUAUAUUCAAUUUAAUAAAUAUUUACUAGAAAUAUGAGUAAGGGGUUAGCAUUGCAAUAGUUAGCAGAUUAAAAGCUGACAGUAGUCAGAACUGUAAGUAGAGAAAGUUUCAGAAUUAUAGUCAAUAGUUUUUUCAGAUUCGUCCAGUUUAUAAGACUUGCCGAGAUAAGAUUCUUUUGAAGCACUGUUAUUAAAAUUGUAUUUACGAGAUUGAAGGCUGACAAUAGUCAGACCUGUAAGUAGUAAGUUUUGGAAAUAUAGUCAAAAGUUCAGGGUCGUCCAGUUUACAAGACAUGCCGAUUUAUAAUAAUUUAUUCCAAGUUACUGUCAAUAAAAUUGUAUUUACGAGAAGUAAAACUGGCGACAGUCGUUAGAUCAGGGGGUUUAUCUAGGAUAUAGCUUAGUACAUUUCACUUAAUUAAUCUAGUACCUAACAUUUUGAGACCAUACUUUAUUUUUAUCUAUAUACAUAUAUAUGUUACUAAGUCUGCAGUGUUCCACAAUUGCAAUUUAUAUCCUGGGAUAUAAUUCAUCAAAUAGCCAGUAGGUAACGUAAAUUACCGAUAAUGUGGCAAUGGGAAAUGUGUAAUAUAGUAAAAUAUGAAGAGAUCUAUAGAUUUAUCAAAUCAACAAACAAUAAAUCUAUUAGGUAGUUUUUUUAAGUUUGUAGUCAUUAGAUGGGUCAGAUUUUUGGAUACCUGAUGUAUCAAGUCAAUGCUCUUCGUGCAUACCAUCUUAACGCAUUAUAUGCACAAGCGUAGUUUAUUUAAUGUAUUUCUUGUCGUUGUUUCUCUACAUUUUAUAAAUGUUAAAUUAUGCAAUGCAAACAGAAUAUAAUUAUUAUCAAAUAACUUAUAUAUACCUCAAUUUGUAAAUUUGCAUUUUUGAUAUUUUAUAAUUUAUUGAAUUAUUAAGUGCAACAAUUAUUUGUACAUUUUGUAAUGAUUGUUACAUACUAAGCUGCAUUUAAUGUUGUCGUUUGUGAUAAAAUAAAAGCCUUAAUUAAAUGUU